GGCAGCUUCACACGUCAUCAACACGCGACUCGCUUACACUUCGCUGUGCGUCUCAACGCUGUACCAGAUAGCUUGCACAUAAAGCCUUUAAAAUGCCUAUGAAAGGAAGGUUUCCCAUCAGGCGGACCCUGGAGUAUCUCCAGAAAGGCGACAUCAUCUUUAAAAACAGAGUGAAGAUCAUGACGGUGAAUUAUAACACACGUGGAGAGCUGAGCGAGGGGGCAAGGAAGUUUGUGUUUUUCAACGUUCCGCAAAUCCAGUAUAAAAACCCCUGGGUUCAAGUCAUGAUGUUCAAGAACAUGACACCCUCGCCGUUCCUGAAGUUCUACCUGGACGACGGGGAGCAGGUACUGGUGGAUGUUGAAGGGAAGGACCACAAACAGAUUUCACAGCAUGUUAAGAAGAUUCUCGGCAAAACAGAAGAAGUGUUACAGGCCGAAGCUCGAGCCAAGUUGCAAGCUUCCAACCCUGCCAACUUUGGCCCAAAGAAGUACUGUCUGAGGGAAUGUAUUUGUGAGGUGGAGGGCCAGGUGCCGUGCCCCGGCACCACGCCGCUGCCCAAAGAGAUGACUGGCAAAUACCAGGCCAAGAUGGCAGCAUCACAGGAUUGAGAGGCUGACAAGAUAAUGACACCAUGGCUGGUGCAAUGGACAAAAAUAUGACUGUGUGACAUUAUGUAUGUCUGAUUUUGUAUGUUCAGGUCAAAGAGAAAGACUGGUGCAUCACUUUCCGUCUUUGUAAAUAGUGGUAACUCAGUGAGCCCCACUGUGCUGCGGGCUACAUGCAUGGAGAGGCUAGCCUGCUGGACUGAAGCCAUCCUGAAAUGCAGCGAGCACCAACAAACCAGAUGGAUGUCGAUGUUUGCACACUCAGGACUGUGGGCUAAGUUCAGAUGAAAUAACCUCAGACCAGAUGUGGACUGGUGCACAAUCCCUGAUUUAAGUGUGAUUUUUUUUUUUUUUUUUUUUUUUUUUGAUACAACAGCAACAUUGUGCUGCUUGUUGCUCCUAUACAUUCAAAUAAGACACAUUUUGUUAGCCUGUGUGUUUAUCGUCUAUAAAUGCAAAGAAGGAUUUGUAGAUGUGGACUCACAUUUGCAAAUCUCAUAACACAUUCACAAAUAUCAUGUUACACAUUUGCAAUAAAAAUGUCCCGAUUUGAUUUCCAUACUAUAGAGUCCAGUUCACUUUUCACUCCAUGCUAGUGUUGGGAAAAACUUAAAUUCUAAGUAAUAUCAAUCAAAACGAUGAGACACACAGUCAGUGUUUUAUCAUAGCCAACUUUAUUAGUGCUGAGAUGUAAUGUUCUAAGGUUGAUGGGCUGUCGGAGUGUCCAAAGCAUGUUAUAAUUCUGCAAUAAAAGAUGACUUCUCUAA